AAAAAUAAUACACAAAAUCCAUAUUACGAAAGAAAGUCAAUUUGGAAACRACUAUUCGUCUUAUGACUCAAUAAAUUAAAAACGUCGACAGCAAAGUUUACUAGCAUCGCAGAAGGGUUCCCUUACGCUUUGUGAAACAAUUUCUAUAGGUGACUUGAGAGACCCAAAGACUCAGCCAUGGCUUCGUGUUUCAAGAAAUACAAGGCUGUAAUAUUUCCUCUGUUGAUUUUGGUGAUUAUUGGAAGCGUUGUGCUUAUAAUAAAUUCAGUGAAGAAGAUUGAAACUGGGGAAGUUGCGAUAAGUUAUAAUUCUCUGACAAAAACCCUUGGUGACAGCCCCCAAACGGCUGGUCUGUACACCAGCACUCCUGGGCUUUCCUUCAUCAAGUUUCCAAGCGUCUUUAAAACCCUGAAGUUUUCCAAACAAACUUGCCUCAACAAACAAGGCCUCGAAAUCAUCAUCUAUUAUCAGUUCCAGCACAGAGCCAUGCCCAAGCACCUCAGASAGAUCAUUCUGCGAUAUAGGAACUAUAAUACUUUUGUCAAACUUCUAAGAUCCCUUGCGUUAUCUGCACUUCGCGACUCGUGCAGCGCAUUUAACACGACCCAGUUCCAGACACAGCGGUCUGUCUUCCAAGAGCACGUGAGAAAACUGACUGCAGACAGCUUCCAUAACGUGAGCGCUGAACUCAAGGAUUUACAAAUCAGCAAUAUUGUACGACCUUCAUCUUAUGAGUCAGCGGUUAGAGCCAUGGAAAAAGCCAAAGAAAACAUCAAACUAGCCCUGACUCAAAGACCAAGAAAUCUGAUCGCAGCUGAUACCAAGAGACAAGAAACCAUAACCGCCGCACAGAUCACCAGAGAAAAAGGACGGACACAGGCUACAGUCGUGAUUGCACAAGCGGAAGCCGAGGCUGCUGCCAUUACUGCGGCAUAUGUAGCWGAGGCAGAAGCUUACGCUCAAGUGAUCAGAGACCAGAACCUAACCAUAGAUGGACUCUUGUCCUAUCUCGCAGUUCGUGUUGUCGCGGAGAGAAAGAACGUCGGUAUUUCUUUGAGAGAACCUGCACGAACUAAAUAUACUCACACGUAGUGACGAAAAACAACUUUAAAAUGACGACCCGCAAAAACGACUAGAUUUUAUGGGGAGUCUUCACGUUGUACACAGUGCGCAUGUGCAGUUCUCAGGAAAAAAUUUACGUUUACGAACGUGGUACCACAGGCUCUGUGAUGAGGAUUAGCCUGCUUAGCUAGUCRAUUCUAUAAAAUUGUUUACAGAAGAGAAAAGCUCCGCAUUCUAGAGAAAGAUACUUCAAGUAAUCCUUAAAUCUCUUGCCCGUAAUGGAAGAGUGUUAGAAAUAGAGCGGGGUGAUUGAUACUGAUGCCUGUGGGAAAYUGAAUUUACAGUUACGAAAUUAUAAAAAGGUUAAGAUUUACCUUAAAUACAUUGAUUAAAUCCUAAACAAAAAUUGUCACCAGAAGCAGUUGGGAAGCCUGUGGUUAAAAUAAAAAUAUGCAAAUAUACAGCAGUUGGGAAGCCUGUGGUGAAAGUGUUGAUGUAAAAAUAUUAAUUACAUUUUGAAUCACAUAAAACACUUCUAARUGA